UCAAAGAAGAAGGGACAAGAAGUCAAGAACCCUAGCCAGUAGCCACUACCCACUAGCCAGCCAGCACAUUAUAUCGGAAACACAAACCGCUCCGUUUUCGAAUUUCGAAUUUGGCGCCUACUCAUCUCUUCUCCGAAUCGACCAAACAACCAGCAAUGGGUGCCAAUCACAGCCGCGAUGAGCUUCUAGAUUCUUCCGACGAGGAAGAAGAAGAAGUAAACUACGAAGAUGCCACUGAAGGAGGAGCUGGAGACUCGAGUUCAGAGCGCAGAAUCAAAAGUCCAUCAUCGCUCGAUGAGGUUGAGGCAAAGCUCAAAGCCCUCAAGCUCAAGUACUCAUCAGCCACCCCCAACGCCGUCAAGCUCUACCUCCACGUCGGCGGUAACACCCCACAAGCCAAAUGGGUAACUGCCGACAAACUCACAUCUUACUCUUUCGUUAGGGCCCGGCGACACGGAGAAGAACAAGACGAAGAGGAAGAAGACGACGAGGAUGACGAUGAGCAGGAAGGCGGAGAGUCAUGGUGGUUCUUGAAGGUUGGUUCGAAGAUCCGAUCCAAGGUGGGUUUGGAGAUGCAGUUGAAAGCCUUCGCCAGCCAGCGGCGCGUGGACUUCGUUUCACGCGCCGUUUGGGCCAUGAAGUUCUUCACGGAGCAAGACUACAAUACAUUCAUCACGCGCUUCCAGGAUUGCAUGUUUGAAAACACGCACGGCGUUGAGGCUACAGAGCAGAACAAGCUCAAAGUGUACGGCAAGGAUUUCAUCGGUUGGGCGAAUCCCGAUGCCGCCGACGAUUCCAUGUGGGAAGACGCAGAGGACGCGUUCGCCAAGAGCCCCGCCUCCGCCACUCCGGUUAGGGCUACUCAGGAUUUGAGGGAAGAGUUCGAAGAAGCCGCGAAUGGCGGGAUUCAGAGCUUGGCGUUGGGGGCAUUGGACAAUAGCUUCUUGGUUGGCGAUACCGGAAUCCAGGUGGUAAAGAAUUUCGCUCAUGGAAUCCAUGGGAAGGGUGCUUUUGUGCAUUUCGGACAAGGAUACCAAAGGGAUAGGGUUUGUGCUUCUUCUUUGGAGUAUUGCACUCCGAAGAAGACGCUCCUGAUGAAGGCGGAGACAAACAUGCUUCUCAUGAGUCCAGUGGGCGGUGGAAAGCUUCACUCCACCGGGCUUCAUCAGCUUGAUAUCGAGACUGGGAAGGUUGUGACUGAGUGGAAGUUUGGUAAAGAUGGCACUGAUAUCACAAUGAGGGACAUCACUAAUGAUAGUAAAGGUGCUCAAUUGGAUCCUACAGGUUCAACUUUUCUAGGUUUGGAUGAUAACAGGCUUUGUAGGUGGGACAUGCGCGAUCGCAAUGGGAUUGUUCAGAACAUUGCUGAUGCUAGCACCCCAGUGUUGAAUUGGGCGCAGGGCCACCAGUUUUCAAGAGGGACUAAUUUCCAGUGCUUUGCUACCACUGGUGAUGGUUCCAUUGUUGUUGGGUCUCUGGAUGGGAAGAUUCGCCUCUAUUCGAUCAACUCUAUGAGGCAGGCCAAGACGGCUUUUCCUGGCCUCGGUUCGCCUAUUACUCAUGUUGAUGUUACCUACGAUGGCAAGUGGAUUGUGGGCACAACGGAUACAUAUUUGAUUGUCAUUUGUGCUGUGUUUACUGAUAAGGAUGGAAAGACAAAAACUGGUUUUUCUGGUCGCAUGGGGAAUAAGAUUGCUGCUCCUAGGUUGUUGAAGCUGAAUCCUCUGGAUUCUCAUUCAGCUGGAACCAAUAACAAGUUCCGCAAUGCUCAGUUUUCGUGGGUGACUGAAAAUGGGAAGCAGGAGCGCCAUAUAGUAGCCACAGUGGGGAAAUUCAGUGUGAUAUGGAAUUUCCAACAAGUCAAGGAUGGUUCUCAUGUGUGCUACGAGAAUCAACAGGGUCUAAAGAGUUGUUACUGCUACAAGAUAGUCCUCAGGGAUGAUUCCAUUGUUGAUAGCCGAUUUAUGCAUGACAAGUUUGCAGUUACUGAUUCUCCUGAGGCUCCAUUGGUGAUUGCUACCCCAAUGAAAGUUAGCUCUUUCAGCAUAUCCAGCAAGCGAUGAUACUCUAGAUAUAGAUGCAGCCACUAGUCUAAGUCAACUUUAUAUGCUCUAUUAGUCAUGCUUAGAAUGUUAACUCUAAUACUUUUAAUACUUUUCAAUUGUACUUAGAAUGUUUAAGAUGUUGAAGUGGAAAUCACGCAUUGUUGUCAAAUUGUACCACUACUCAGUAUUACUUUUAAGGUAAUAUUGGCUGCUAGCAGAAUUCUAUCUUUUUCAGUGAUUUGAGGGGCU